GAGGGAAUGCAUUUCAGUCCACAUUGGCCAAGCGGGUGUUCAAAUGGGCAAUGCCUGCUGGGAGUUGUACUGCCUUGAGCAUGGAAUCCAACCAGAUGGUCAGAUGCCAAGUGACAAAACCAUUGGAGGCGGUGAUGACUCCUUCAAUACAUUCUUCAGUGAGACAGGAUCAGGAAAGCAUGUCCCAAGAGCUGUUAUGUUAGAUCUGGAACCCAGUGUAGUAGAUGAGAUCCGCACUGGAACUUAUAGGCAACUGUUCCAUCCAGAGCAACUGAUUACUGGUAAGGAAGAUGCUGCCAAUAACUAUGCAAGGGGUCACUACACAGUUGGCAAAGAGUAUAUAGACCAAUGUUCAGAUCGUAUAAGGAAACUAGCCGAUAAUUGCACUGGUCUUCAAGGCUUCCUUCUCUUCCAUUCAUUUGGUGGAGGCACUGGGUCUGGAUUCACAUCGUUGUUGAUGGAGCGUCUAUCUGUGGAUUAUGGAAAGAAAUCAAAGCUUGAGUUUGCCAUUUAUCCCGCUCCCCAGAUAUCAACAGCAGUUGUUGAGCCUUAUAACUCAAUUUUGACGACCCAUACCACUCUUGAGCACACGGACUGCGCAUUCAUGGUUGACAAUGAGGCUAUCUAUGACAUCUGUCAUAGUAACUUAGACAUCAAUCGCCCAACCUACACCAAUUUGAAUCGUCUAAUUGGCCAGAUUGUCAGCUCCAUCACUGCCUCUCUGCGUUUCGAUGGUGCCCUAAAUGUCGAUCUUACUGAAUUCCAGACCAAUUUGGUGCCCUAUCCACGUAUCCAUUUUCCUCUAGCAACCUAUGCUCCAGUCAUAUCCGCAGAGAAGGCUUACCAUGAGCAGAUUUCAGUUUCUGAAAUCACUAAUGCUUGCUUUGAACCACAAAACCAGAUGGUGAAAUGCGAUCCCCGUCAUGGAAAGUACAUGGCCUGUUGUAUGUUGUUCCGUGGUGAUGUUGUCCCCAAGGAUGUUAACGCUGCCAUUGCUAGUAUCAAGACAAAGCGUACCAUCCAGUUUGUUGACUGGUGUCCCACUGGGUUCAAGGUUGGCAUCAACUACCAGCCACCCACUGUUGUCCCUGGAGGUGAUCUGGCCAAAGUGCAGCGUGCCGUCUGCAUGCUGGGAAACACCACUGCCAUUGCUGAAGCAUGGGCUCGUCUUGAUCACAAAUUUGAUCUCAUGUUCGCCAAGCGUGCCUUCGUCCACUGGUACGUAGGAGAGGGUAUGGAGGAAGGAGAGUUCAAUGAAGCUCGUGAAGAUCUAGCUGCACUUGAGAAGGACUAUGAAGAGGUUGGGGGUGACUCAGCUGAGUAUGAAGAUGAAGGGGAUGAAGAAUACUAAUCAUGCAGUACCAUAAUACUCAUAUGACAUUUCCCAUGGAACAAUUAAAGCAAAGAUUACACACCCAACUGCAAUAUGUAAAAUAAUGUAUGAAAAUAAAGUUAAGAUAGAAGGUCACUAAAUGUAUCCAUAUACUAAAUGUUUCUAUGUAGUCCUCAUGGAGUAUACAGCUACAGAUAUUUAAACUCAGUUGAUUUAUAGGAUACUUUUGAAUAUAAUCACCCCCUGAAAUAAUAUUUCUACACAAAUUAACACAUUAUCCUCUAAACAUCAUAAAAAUCCACCUUAUGAUUCCAUCAUAAUUUCAUAAUUAUUAUGCAAUAACCGUUCUGUUUAAACUAUAAAUGGCUCGCAAAUACAUAUUCUCCUAAACAAGUUUUUAACAACAUGCAAAUUAGCCCAUCAAUAAAGUUAUCAACAAUAUUUUCUUAUUCAGCAAAUUAAAUUUGGUCUGUUUUAAUUUAUGGGUAGCAUGCGAUCAGAGUAACAGGUUUGGCCACUUUAAAACAAAUGAUAACAAUGCAUUGAUAUGCAAAAUGUCAUGAAAUAAAGAAAUACAAUAUAAAAAAAAGAAAAAAAAAGUCACCACCUGCCAUUUAUAACAGGCGCUGACUGACAACUGCUGAACACCAACCACUGAACACAGUCCACAAAAAAGUUGGAGACCACAACAAUAAGUCACUACUUUAGGUGGUGACAAAAAAGUGACAUUUCCCCAUUUCCAGGGAGUCUGAGUUCUAAGACAAUCCACAACUGAUUCAUUAAAUUGGUACAUAAAUAGUCGCCAUUUUGAAACAGCCGGCCAUUAAGAAAAUCAACUUUUGAGCAGAACUUGUACUUACAUGGGGCAUAUAAAAUAUAAACAAUAUUGGGCCAACGGUAUUUGAGUUGUUGCCUGGACAGACAGACAUAUGGACUGAUGAAGCCAUUUGGUAUAUCCCCCUGAACCUUCAAUGGGAUAAUAACUGUAUACAUGUUACAUUAUUUUCAAGAUUAAUGACACAAGAAAAAAUAUCUCAAUUUCAAAUACAAGCAGGCAAAAUGUAAUGACUAAUGCAAAUGUAUUAUAAUCUCAAAAUUUUAAUUUCUCAUUUUUUCAUAAAAAUAUAUAUCACCCAAAUUAAAUUAUGAAUAUUCAAAAGAGGACAUUUAAAUCUACAAUAUGUAAAUAUAUCACAAUUGUCCAAAGCAGGGGUAAUGUGCAGUAGACCGAUUCAAUAAAAUACAAGUCUCAAUUUGGAGAAAGAAGUUCAUCAGUGUACUGCGCUAAUGAUUUUUUUUAUGAAAAACCACCCAAAUUAAAUUAUGACUAUUCAAAAGAAGACAUUCAAAUCUAUAUAAUGUAAAAAAUCAAAUUUAUCUGAAGCAGGGAUAACGCUCAUUUAGAGUGAUGAACUUCGUUCUCCAAACCGAGGAUAGUCCUUUCUAUUUCUACCAAAAACACUUACAUGAGGUUAGGAUUUGAUGAAUACUAGCUACAGCUGAACACACCCAUGUCAUGUGAUCUUUUUGACCAAUCAGAUCAGAGAGAGUUGGAGUCUGCAGGACAAGUGUUGUGCAAUGAAUGGCCACAUAGAGUUGAUGUGAUGAGGGUAAGAUGUCAUGGAGAUACAUCCAAUGCAAGACCUACAAAGACAAACAAAUUCAAAAAUCGUUUCACAUUUAAAUAAACAUCUGGGCAUACACUAAACUUCUGUUCUUCUGUUACUACUUCUAUUCAAAGUUACAAAGUAAUAAUAUUCAAAUAUUCUUUGGAUGUCAGUGUAGAAUUCCUUGAGCUGCUCGAACUAACAGUACAAUAGGAGCAUUGAUACAAUGCAUGGCUAAUGGUUUAAUAUGCCUCAGAUACAGUGAAGUAUUACAGGACAAACAGUGAUGUUUGCAUUAAAAAUCAAAAAUAGACUGAACCGACUUAAAAUUUUAUUACAUAGGUCGUAAAUGAAAGUGAAAGUACUUUCAUAAAAUCCAAGGGAAUUAUUAC